CCCUCAAAAAAGAAAAAGCAUCAGAAACCGACUAUAAGCUAAAACGGCAAGUGUAAAGCAAAAACUAAAAACCAACCAGCAUUUUAUGACCUAAUAAUUAUUUUUUUCUAAUUCGAGGCUGAUCCAUCCUACUAGAAGGUACUACCAUUAUUUUCUCCGCUCUUUCCAUGAAAAAACCCCAAACCUUCAAAACCCACUAAAAAGAGAACGAAGCUCCCAAACCCCAAACGUUCUCUGCAAAACCCGAAAAUGGACGCGGCGAAAUUGAACGAGCUGAAGAAGUUCAUCGGUCAGUGCAAAUCCAAUCCCUCUGUUCUCUCCGACCCUUCCCUCUCCUUCUUCCGCGACUAUCUCGAAAGUCUCGGAGCAAAGCUCCCUUCCUCUGCUUACAGCCAUGGAGCCGCCGACUCCAAAUCGAAGAGUUAUGUGGUGGAGGAAAGUGACGAGGAAUUGGCGGAUGAAGGAGAGAAAAUCAAUGUAGAAGAAGAAGAAGAAGAAGAAGAAGGGGAAGAUGAGAUUAUCGAAUCUGAUAUCGAGCUUGAAGGCGAUACGGUUGAGCCUGAUAAUGAUCCUCCACAAAAGAUGGGUGACCCUUCAGUGGAGGUUACCGAUGAGAACCGUGAUGCUUCGCAAUUGUUUAAAGCCAAAGCCAUAGAUGCUAUUUCCGAAGGGAAGUUAGAGGAAGCUAUUGAGAAUCUAACAGAGGCAAUUUUGCUGAAUCCAACAUCAGCAAUUAUGUAUGGCACACGAGCUAGUGUUUACAUUAAGAUGAAAAAGCCAAAUGCUGCUAUUCGAGAUGCCAAUGCGGCUUUGGAGAUUAACCCAGAUUCUGCUAAGGGUUACAAGUCUCGUGGCAUUGCACGGGCAAUGCUUGGUCAAUGGGAAGAUGCUGCAAAGGAUCUGCACCUGGCAUCGAAGUUGGAUUAUGAUGAGGAAAUAAACAAUGUGCUUAAGAAGGUUGAACCCAAUGCACACCGCAUUGAGGAACACCGUAGGAAGUAUGAUAGAUUGCGCAAAGAGAGAGAAGAUAGAAAGAUUGAGCGUGAGAGACUGCGUCGUCGUGCUCAAGCUCAGGCCACAUAUGAGAAGGCAAAGAAGCAGGAGCAAUCAUCCUCCAGUAGUAAACCUGGAGGCAUGCCUGGUGGGUUUCCCAGUGGAAUGCCUGGAGGUAUGCCUGGAGGAAUGCCCGGUGGUUUCCCUGGUAGCAUGCCAGGUGGGAUGCCUGGAAAUGUUGAUUUUAGCAAAAUAUUGAAUGAUCCUGAAUUGAUGGCGGCAUUUAGUGAUCCUGAAGUCAUGGCUGCUCUUCAAGAUGUAAUGACGAAUCCUGCUAAUCUUGCAAAGCAUCAAGCAAAUCCCAAGGUGGCUCCUGUAAUUGCAAAGAUGAUGGGCAAAUUUGCAGGACCUAAGUAAAUAGUUUUUCAAACGAUGUCAUUUGUUUGGAUAGUCUCAUGUCUUCAUUUGAAGGAAAUAAUAUUUGUAUUACUUCUCAUUUAGAGUAACAGCAAUAGUAAAUGAAAGAGUCGCAUGAUGGUUGUGUUGGGAAUUUGUAAUAUAGGUCGGAGGAUUUUGUUUUUCUUUUUUGUUGGUUUGUUCUAAUAAGAAAAAAAACGAUUUUUUUUUUCAGUUUAUAAAAA